UCCGUCAAAGGGCGGGGGGCUCUUUCUUCUUUUCCUUCCCCCUCUAGUCUGGACUAUCCACCCAACUCGGUCAAAUUCCAAAAAUCUGUUUUAGCCUGACGCAGAAGCCAUUGUCGGAGCCUCCGACACUAUGGCCGAUAAGAAGCUGAUCGUCGUGGUUGAAGGCACCGCCGCCAUGGGCCCCUUCUGGCAAUCCAUUGUUUCUGAUUACCUUGAAAAGAUCAUCAGGAGUUUUUGUGGAAACGAGUUGAACGGGCAGAAGCCCCCUACUUCUCAUGCUGAGCUUUCCGUGGUCACUUUUUAUACCCAUGGAUCUUACUGUGGUUGCCUAGUACAACGGACAGGCUGGACAAGAGAUGUAGAUAUUUUCUUACAGUGGCUUUCGGCUAUACCCUUUGCUGGUGGUGGUUUCUAUGAUGCUGCAAUUGCAGAAGGGCUGGCUGAAGCUCUAAUGAUGUUCCCUAUUCUGCAAAAUGGAAACCCAAAUCAACAAAAUGUGGAUACUCAAAGGCAUUGCAUUCUUGUUGCUGCUAGUAACCCUUAUCCCUUGCCCACACCAGUUUAUAGGCCCCAGCUGCAAAAUUUGGAGAAGAAUGAAAAUUUAGAAGAACAAACAGAAAGCCGCACAUCUGAUGCCGAGACAGUCGCAAAAUCAUUUGCACAAUGCUCUGUCUCUCUGUCAGUCAUUUGUCCAAAGCAACUUCCUAAAUUGAAAGCAAUAUACAAUGCGGGAAAGCGGAAUCCGCGAAUCGGAGAUCCACCAGUAGACAAUGUCAAAAACCCCCAGUUUCUUGUUCUGAUCUCAGAGAAUUUUAUGGAGGCCCGUGCUGCUUUAAGUCGCUCUGGAAUUACAAGUUUGCCUUCAAAUCAGAGUCCUGUCAAUGUGGACAUGGCUCCUAUUACUUCAGUCACAGGACCGCCUCCUGCUUCUAUCCCAUUAGGGAAUGGAUCUAUCAUGAACAGGCAAGCAAUAACCGCUGGAAACAACCCCCCUGCUACUGUGAAAGUUGAGCCCAGCACUGUUACUUCCAUGCUAUCUGGACCUGGCUUUUCUCAUAUUCCAUCUGUUGCACGUGCUGCUUCUCAAGGAAUCCCAAGCUUGCAAUCUUCUUCUCCAUCUUCUACUUCUCAAGAAAUGAUCACAAACAAUGACAAUGUGCAAGAUUUGAAACCUAUAGUGAGUGGUGUGACACAACCCUUGCGACCUGUUGGUCCUGCUCCAGCAAAUGUGAACAUUCUGAAUAAUCUCUCUCAAGCACGACAAGUAAUGAACUCUGCAGCCCUAACUGGAGGAAGCUCUAUAGGACUUCAAUCAAUGGGUCAAACUCCUAUAUCCAUGCAUAUGUCAAACAUGAUAUCCAGUGGAAUGGCAACUUCUGUGCCUGCUGCUCAAAAUGUACUUUCAUCUGGACAAUCUGCUAUUCCUUCGAUAAGUGGUUCUGGGCCUCUGACAGGUAAUGGGCAGGUUGCACAAAAUCCUGGUCUUGCUUCAUUCAAUUCAGCAACUUCAAAUGCGUCUGGAAAUUCAAACCUUGGGAUUUCUCAACCAAUGGGUAAUCUUCAAGGAGGUGUUAGUAUGGGUCAAUCAGGACCUGGCAUGAACCAAGGGAAUCUUUCAGGAGUACAAAUGGCACAAAGUGGAAUUGGUAUGAACCAAAACAUGAUGAGCGGCCUUGGGCCAUCAGUUGUUUCUUCUGGAACUGGAACCAUGAUUCCUACUCCAGGAAUGCCUCAACAAGUACAAUCAGGGAUGCAAUCACUUGGUGUCAACAACAAUUCAGCAACUAAUAUGCCAUUGUCACAGCAAACGUCAAGUGCCUUGCAAUCAGCACAAUCCAAAUAUGUAAAAGUCUGGGAGGGAAACUUAUCUGGGCAGAGACAAGGGCAGCCAGUUUUCAUCACUAGACUGGAAGGUUACAGGAGUGCUUCAGCUUCUGAGACGCUCGCAGCAAACUGGCCGGCCACAAUGCAAAUAGUUCGACUUAUAUCUCAGGACCACAUGAAUAAUAAGCAAUAUGUUGGAAAGGCAGAUUUUCUGGUUUUCCGCGCAAUGAAUCAGCAUGGGUUUCUUAGCCAGCUGCAAGAAAAGAAGCUAUGUGCAGUCAUUCAACUACCAUCUCAGACAUUGCUGCUAUCCGUUUCCGACAAAGCCUGCCGCUUGAUUGGAAUGCUUUUCCCUGGAGAUAUGGUUGUUUUCAAGCCACAAAUAUCUAGUCAGCAGCAACAACAGCAACAAAUGCAACAACAGCAACAUCAGCAGAUGCAACCGCAACAGCAUACCCAGCUGCAACAACAGCAACUUCAACAACUGCAGCAACAGCAACUUCCACAACUGCAACAACAGCAGCAACUUACACAAAUGCAACAACAGCAGAUUCCGCAACUGCAACAGCAGCAGCAGCUUCCUCAAAUGCAACCGCAGCAGAUUCCACAACUGCAACAGCAGCAGAUUCCACAACUGCAACAGCAGCAACCACUCUCGCAGCUGCAACCACAACAGCAACUUCCACAAAUGCAACAACAGCAACCGAUCUCACAGCUGCAAACGCAGCAGCAGCAGCUUCCACAACUGCAGCAAUUGCAGCAACAGCUUCCGCAGCAGCAACAAAUGGUUGGGACAGGAAUGGGUCAAGCUUACGUUCAAGGUCCAGGCAGGUCGCAAUUAGUUUCACAGGGACAAGUUUCAUCACAAGGGCAACCUAACAUGUCUGGAGGGGGUUUUAUGAGUUAAUCGAUACAUUGAUUUUUCUGAGACGUAGCAAAGCUUAUACAAGAACUUCAGUAGCUGUCGGAGAGAAUCUCUAAGAACAAUUGGCCCUAUUCAACCAUUUCAUAGACUAUUGCAAGCUUAUGAGUUAUGGACAAGAAACAUGUAGGGUGAGUAUAAGCUGAUCUUAUACUGAAAAAAUCUUUACACCAUGAGUUCAUAUUAGGUGAUACUUUUCUUCUGUGAAUAUGGUUGAUUGUAUUGUAGUGAUACAAAUUUAUCUAUCCUCAUUCACAUGAUCAUAUGAUCAUUCGUGCUGAC